GAAGAUGGAGAGAGCCAGGUAGAUAAAGGGGAGACAUUACCUGUGUACGAGCGGGAAGAUGGAGAGAGCCAGGUAGAUGAAGGGGAGACAUUACCUGUGUACGAGUGGGAAGAUGGAGAGAGCCAGGUAGAUGACCUUACCUGUGUACGAGCCGGAAGAUGGAGAGAGCCAGGUAGAUGACCUUACCUGUGUACGAGCGGGAAGAUGGAGAGAGCCAGGUAGAUGACCUUACCUGUGUACGAGCGGGAAGAUGGAGAGAGCCAGGUAGAUGAAGGGGAGACAUUACCUGUGUACGAGCGGGAAGAUGGAGAGAGCCAGGUAGAUGACCUUACCUGUGUACGAGAGGGAAGAUGGAGAGAGCCAGGUAGAUAAAGGGGAGACAUUACCUGUGUACGAGUGGGAAGAUGGAGAGAGCCAGGUAGAUAAAGGGGAGACAUUACCUGUGUACGAGAGGGAAGAUGGAGAGAGCCAGGUAGAUGAAGGGGAGACAUUACCUGUGUACGAGUGGCAAGAUGGAGAGAGCCAGGUAGAUGAAGGGGAGACAUUACCUGUGUACGAGCGGGAAGAUGGAGAGAGCCAGGUAGAUGAAGGGGAGACAUUACCUGUGUACGAGUGGGAAGAUGGAGAGAGCCAGGUAGAUGAAGGGGAGACAUUACCUGUGUACGAGUGGGAAGAUGGAGAGAGCCAGGUAGAUGAAGAGGAGACAUUACCUGUGUACAAGCGGGAAGAUGGAGAGAGCCAGGUAGAUGAAAGGGAGACAUUUACUGUGUACAAGCGGGAAGAUGCAGAGAGCCAGGAAGAUCAAGGGGAAAACUUUACCUGUGUACAAGCGGGGAAGAUGGAGAGAGCCAG